CACGUUGUAGCAAAUCAGGAGGCACAUUUAAGGCAGACGAUAUGAGAUACACGCAGUAACCCAACCCAAGUGGAUCGAGACGCCCGCUCUCGGCUUCAGCACCAGGGACAGCAGGCUUGAGCAACUCCUAAUCUAAACUGUAUGUGGCUGUAACACUCCUUUACUGACAGGAUCGUUGAAGGAAGGGACAAGAGCACGCAGUUAUGUACUAAAGAGCUAAGAAGAAAGGGCAUCAUUACGUGUAGAUUAACGAGGGAGAAGGGAUUUUCGGAAACCUUUAAGGAUGGACGUGCUAAUGAAAGGACUGUCCAAAGCCAAAGAAGGGGUCGUGGCAGCUGCAGAAAAGACUAAGCAGGGAGUGGCCGAAGCAGCGGGCAAGACAAAAGAAGGCGUUAUGUAUGUGGGCACCAAGACCAAAGAUGGAGUAACAUCAGUUGCAGAAAAGACGAAAGAGCAAGUCUCCAAUGUAGGAGGCGCCGUAGUCACAGGAGUGACAGCCGUGGCACACAAAACAGUGGAAGGAGCAGGAAACAUUGCAGCUGCUACAGGUUUGGUGAAAAGGGAUCACCUGGGAAAACAGAAUGAAGAUAUGCUUUCCCAAGAAGGACUAAUGGACAAUACAGCAGAUUAUCCUUUGGAUCCUGAUGAUACAUAUGACAUGCCACCAGAGGAUGACUGUCAAGAAUAUCAGCCUAAUGCAUGAAGACUACAAAACAGAAAAGCAAAUAGGAAGACAUUUAAUAUCUUCUAACAAAUUUCUAUGUGUGCAGCAGUGAAUUAUUAUACUGUCCGUACAGUGUGUUUUGAAGUCUUCCAUCAGUGGUAAAUGGAGUCUUUACACUUUUGACCAGCUGCCGUUUCAGUGAUUCCCUCCCACUGAAAUGCAAGUCUGAUCAGGGAGAGAUUUUUCUGUGCUGUGGACAUUGUGGCUUUAAGAGUAAAAAAAAAAAAGUAAUAAUAAUUUAAGUGUAAAAUGCAUUGUAAAUCCUAAAAAUAAUAUGUAAUAAAAUAUUUUGUGAUCUGUAAUUGUUUAAAUGGUUACACAAUGCUGAUUUUGUAUGUUUUUUUAUGUAUGAGACCCAAACAUGUAUAUGUGUUAGUACUUCUGUGACUACUGACACACUGAAACUGACUUUGUCGUGUCUUUAUCACAUCUGCAAUGCUGGCAUAUUGUUUAUGACUUUAGGGAAGCUGAUAUAUGAUUUAAAUUAUGACAUUUUUUGAUUUGCAUUGAUUUAUUUAUUUCACACUAGGAAAUAAAAUAAAUACUAGGAAAUUUGUGUUCAAUAAUACAUAACUGAUGUUGGACAGAAAUGCCAAAGCCUAUUCAAGCUUCUUCUAUUCUACCUACUUCUGUAUAGUUUCCCACCACAGCAGUUGGCAAUGAAAGCGUGUUCACUCUCAGCAUUUCUCUUUCAAACAUUAAUCUUUGAAGAGUACUAUAGUGAUGAGUUUAAAAGGUCUGGUGUGAAAAUUACCCUUCAUUUCACGAAAGUGCAGCUUUUAAUGCAACUUAUGUUUGAAAAGUUAACACAAACUGUUGUUUUGUCUUCUUUUUUCAAAGUCAUAGGAAUUAACUAAGAACCAAUGCAGAAUUCUGCUGUCACACACUAUGCCAGUUUUUACCCUUUGGCACAUCCCACUUAGGCAAGCUCUGACUGUCAUAUAACUUGGAGCUCAUUUCCUCUCAUUGAAACCCUUUAAUAAUUAAAUAAAUAUGUGGCUAAGUAUUGUAACAAGCUUUUUUAUUCACUCACUGCUGGGUUACUGUUGUAGUAUGAGUUCA